GUGGUGUUUUGAUGGGCGGUCUAAGCAAAUACUUUGUGGAGCACGUCAGCAAGUGCAGCUGCAAUGACCUGGUUCAUCCGCACAGCUGUCGGCGUGCUAUGCUGCAGAAUCUUUUUCCAUUUUGUCUUGUCGAAUAUGAAAUACUAUCUUCCAAUGGCACUCCUGCAUCUGGUGAGUCGCAAAUUGCGUGGAUUCCAUGAGGAUUUGCUCCACGACGCGUCCUGGUACUUCACCCAAUUGGUGUCUGGUGGAGUGUUGAAUGGCUACCUCAUAGCUACAUUCAUUUGCAUGAUGCGUAAUUUCCUAGGUGAGUUUCGCUACUCCACGUUAGUGUUUGCACCUUCCGUCUUGGGUGGCCUCUUGACCGCCUAUUUACCGAAGCGCGUUAAAAAUGUGGAGCACACGGGAAUAUUUCAGUCCUUAAUAGAAAGUUUUUUUGCUGCAACGUGGGAAUUUUGUGACGAAACUGUUAGCUUCCUCGCUGACACUGCAAACUUUGGUAUUUAUGGUCUGCAGCGCCAUCGUUCUGCUGGGUAAGGAGCGUCGCUGGCACAAUGGCUUUUGGUUUCUAACCCCAGAGGCUGUGCCACCAACUGAUGCCUCCAAUUUGGGAUUGUAUAUACUGCAGGGAAUGCGCAAGUAUUUGCUCAUUGGCUUGGCAUUGGACAGUUUUAAGGGUUUGCUCGGUUGCAUCAAAAGCGGACAUUGGCAGUUAAGACAGUUCCGUCUGGAAUCUAUGGCUUGGCUUGGCUGCUAUGCGGGCAUUUAUCGGAGCAUACUUUGCUAUCUGCGAGGACAACGAGCUAUUAACGAAACACAGCUGCGAGUACUGGCUGCAUUUGUUGGAGGCAUCAGCUACCUGUGCUUUCCCAAGCUCACUAUUCUCAGUUAUGCUCUGCUUGAGACUGGUCGAACUAUUGGGGGCAAGUACAAGUCCGACAAAAGAAACCGCCUUGGCAUUACCGAUGUGAUCUUUCCAUUUGCGCUUGCCUAUAUUAUCCAUACUUACGUUUUCUAUCCUAAGAAAAUCAGCGGCUUAGGCGGCAUCAUUAUAGAUAGCACAACAGCCAACUAUGGCAGCAACAUUAGGAAGCGCUUGCAGAAACUCUAUCCAUUUUUUGCAGAGAAUUCUUAGGAACAUUAUUUUUUUAACUAAUUAAAGGUUAUUAUAUUAAAGGUCUUUCUUAUUUAAAAAAAAAACCC